CCUCCCGCCUGCUGCUGCUUCCACUGCUUCCCUUUCGUUUAUAUCGACCUCGUGUCUGCUGCUGCUGCUGGCUUCCGCUCGUUUCGCCCUCCCUCCUGCCACCCAUGUCCCGGAUCUCGCUCCAGCUGGUGUCGCCAUGGGACCAAUGGGAUAGCAUGGACAACUCUGGCCACCCGUAUCUUGGCUCUUCGGAUAUCCCCUUUGUCUACCCUGGCCAGACAGCAUAUCAGCAGCCCUACCAGCCCUUUGGUGGUCGGCCACCACCACCACCGCCACCGUCGCAUGCACUUACCCAGGCACACCUCCCAAGAACCUUUAGCACCCCGGGGACCUCCACGUGGGAUACCCCCUCAUAUCCGACCCAGCAGGACCGGGACUACCGUGACCAUAGCAACAUCGAUGUGCCUACUGAACUUAUACCCGAUGUGGCGCCGCCAGAGGUCCUCGAGUGGCGCUACAAGCUCUUUGACGUCGUCAACAACCCAACCACAUUCCCCCAAGAGCAGUGGGAUGCCCUGUGGAUCUGGAUAGACAACCUGUGGACUCCACGUCGCCGGUCGUACCUCAAGCAAGAUGGCAUCACUCACCGCGAGUGGAAGUGCCGCUACAUGGCCAAGACGCCCCUGCCGAGCAAGAGCACGGGCAAGCGCAAGCGCGAGAUCCGCAAAGGCUACGGCUGCAACGCCCGCCUGCUUGCCAACAUUGACCACAACAACAGGCUCGUCCAUGUCCGCGGCGCCACGGCUCACAACCACGGCUUCGAGGAGCUCGACGCCACCAAGCUCACGAUAGGCGUCAAGGAGUGGGUGUUGCGGCACAUACAGCUCGGCAUGGAGCCUCGGGUCAUCGAUGCCCUCAUCAGGGGCCGGGACAAGGACCACCCGACGGCGGCACGGCUCGCCCUCAACCAGGCCGGCGGCAUGCGCCUCGACGAGCCCUCCAUCCGCAACAUUGCCCGCAAGUGGCGGUGGCCCGCCGACAAGUUCAACAUGCGCCAGUCCGACCUCUUCCGCCAGCUGCAGCCGCAGCACAACACCUUCUCCUUCACCCUGCAGGACCCAGAGACGUUCCACCGCGACGUCUGCGAGCUCGCCGAGGCCGCCCACACCACCGACGAGCUCAACAUGAUGCUCAAGCAGCGCAAGGAGGAGCGCCUCGAGGAGCUCAACCGCAAGUUCGAGGCCACCGGCGCCAAGCUCGCCAGGAAUCCGUACCUCGGCGGCGAGCCCAAACACUGGGACAACAUGGCCCAGCUGUUCCGUGACAAGUCGUACGACGCGCUGGUGCGGUACUUUGCGACGCACGUGGAUGAUGAUGGGGAGCUUGAGGGCGGCGGCGCCGGGCAGGAUGACGAUGAGGAUGAUGCAGCGGCUUCGAGUGACGACGAGGAUUGAGAUGUUGGUGGAGAGCGGGAUGACUGUGCUAUGUAGAAGGGAUAGAUUGGAUAGAUUGAUACACCCGACGUUCUCAUUGCCCCUGAGCCGUG